ACAAUGCUUCGUGUCCCCCAAAGAAAAAGAUGAAACCUGAUGUAGCAGUUACAGCAAUGGUACGUUCAAGGGAAAGUGACACUACCUCCUCACAAAGUACAGCAUCUUCAAGAUGUAACAUUGGUGAUCAUAACUUAUGGGCACAACACAUUGGAGAUCUUUUGGUGUAUCUGGAUAAGUCAUUUAGAUAUGAUGGAGUACUUGGCAUUACCAUUGAUAAAACAUGGGUAAGAUUUACAUACCUUGAGGUUCCAAAAACAACCAUGAAGAAAAUUAAAGAAUCACCAGCAAAUAGACCUGGCUCUCUGAAGGUAGAGGAAGAUGAACGUCCGUUAUUUUUCUAUAGUGAACCCUACAAUUAUCUGAGUCGUGAAGAUAGAAAGAUAAUUUUCAAAGCACUUAUGCUUAUAAAGAAGAUGCAGUCUGGUUAUGAGAAGAUACAAUGAAUUGAGGCAAACAAGUUAUGCCUUGACAGGUCCUAAUUUUAAUUUGAGUGAAC